GAGCCAGCAGCAGCAGAGCAGAGAGGGGAUGCUGCAGCAGCACAGGGCUGUCCCACUGCAGAGCAGCUGCAGAGCACAGGGAGCUGGAACCAGCCUUUCACCAGGACCAACUGACAGGGUAAAGUUGAUCUACAGUCCAUCAGUCAUGGUGGUCCAGGAGUGUCCUUCAGAGAGUCCAACAUUUUCUCGGACAUAGCCAUGAACAGUUGCAGGUACAACGGGGGAAUCCCAAGACCCCUCAGCAGCCUGAGCUCCUCUAGGAGGAACCUUCAUGAAACAGAUCCUGAGACCCAGCCUUUACAGACCCUACAUAGUCCUGGAUUAGAAGUGGUGGUGUCCAAGAACGACCCCCUCAAGUCAUCGCACCGCAGCCUACGAGGAGAAGACGGCAGUCAGGGAGGCUCAAGAGGUCAGAAGAAGAAUCAGAACGUGGGUUACAAGCUGGGCCAUCGCCGGGCACUGUUUGAGAAGAGGAAAAGGCUUAGUGAUUACGCACUUAUAUUUGGAAUGUUUGGUAUCGUGGUCAUGGUCACGGAGACAGAGCUGUCCUGGGGCGUCUACACCAAGGAAUCCUCUUACUCGUUUGCACUGAAAUGCCUUAUCAGCCUCUCAACUGCUAUCCUGCUUGGACUCAUUAUCAUGUAUCAUGCCAGAGAGAUCCAGCUUUUCAUGGUGGAUAAUGGAGCGGAUGAUUGGAGAAUAGCCAUGACUUACGAAAGAAUAUUUUUCAUCACCCUGGAGCUGACUGUGUGUGCCAUUCACCCCAUCCCUGGACAGUACUCUUUCACAUGGACGGCUCGUUUGGCCUUCUUCUACACCACCUCUGUGGCCAAUGCUGACAUAGACAUCAUUCUCUCCAUACCCAUGUUUCUGAGGCUCUACUUGAUUGGACGAGUGAUGCUUCUUCAUAGCAAGCUUUUCACGGAUGCUUCCUCCAGGAGCAUUGGAGCCCUGAACAAGAUCAACUUCAAUACUCGCUUUGUGAUGAAGACUCUUAUGACCAUCUGUCCAGGCACUGUGCUCUUAGUUUUCAGUAUCUCUUCCUGGAUCAUUGCAGCAUGGACAGUCCGAGUGUGUGAGAGGUACCAUGACAAACAGGAGGUGACCAGUAACUUCCUGGGUGCCAUGUGGCUCAUUUCUAUUACAUUCCUGUCCAUUGGUUAUGGAGACAUGGUGCCCAAUACGUACUGUGGAAAGGGAGUCUGUUUACUAACUGGCAUUAUGGGUGCUGGCUGCACGGCUCUGGUUGUUGCGGUGGUUGCAAGAAAGUUGGAACUCACCAAAGCUGAGAAACAUGUACACAACUUUAUGAUGGACACACAACUUUCAAAGCGGGUGAAAAAUGCAGCUGCCAAUGUGCUCAGGGAAACGUGGCUCAUUUACAAACACACAAAACUUGUGAGGAAGAUCGACCACGCUAAAGUACGCAAACAUCAACGCAAGUUCCUGCAAGCGAUUCACUUAUUACGAAGUGUGAAAAUGGAGCAGAGGAAACUCAAUGACCAGGCUAACACACUGGUGGAUCUCGCAAAGACACAGAAUGUUAUGUACGACCUCAUGUCCGAGCUACAAGAACGUAACGAUGACCUUGAGAAGAGGAUUAUAACUUUGGAGACUAAGAUUGACUCCUUAAAUGCCUCCCUCCAUGCUCUGCCAGGGCUCAUUGCUCAGGCCCUGCUUCGAGAGCAGGGAGAACUAUUCCUCCUGCGCUCCCACCGCCCAUUUCACCCAUCUAACAGUUCGGACAAUUCAUGGAGUCCCCCACGUAGACGUACCUCUCCUUCCACUGCCCCGCACACCUCUUCAGACAGCGGCUGAAGAGGGGAGUGGAAAGAUUAAGUCCUAAGUGGGAGUGGUGGAGUGAAGACUUUACAAGCUCACUGAUUAUCCAUAGCCACUGUGUGGUUUGAUUAUGUCAGCUUUUUUUCUUAAAAGCCUUGGAUAUUUGUUAACCCCUGCGGGUUCUUUGAAAAUGCUGGAGUGAAAGUUCUAUCAAAAACAAAAACAAAAAAAAGUUUGUGUAAACACGCACACGUGUGUACGCGCAGUGCCGCGAUUAUUCCCCCACACCUGCCACAUACCUGAUUUUGAGCAGUCAUGUGGUAUGGUCGGAUUUAAAGAGAGAUCAUCCUGUUAAAUACUUUCUAAAAUGUAUUUAUAUUCUGUACAAAGUAUCACUUGCACGACUGUCUGAUUUUGUUUUUAACACAUUGAACAAAUCUGUUGGGUAUCUAGCAGUUUUGCUUUUAAUUAGUGAUAGGCAGUCGGCCAU